AUGCGCGCCACACUGCAGGCCAAACGCUUGGGCAUCAAAACUCGACGCCAAAAGAUGAAGAUCAUUAUUAAAAAAAUGCUGGCUGAGGUGAAGGAGGAGGAGGAGAAACAGCGAAGUGGUGAGGCUGGAAGGUCGGGAAAUGCUUCUCCAAAUAGUCCGACUGUACCUCCUCCAACUUUUCAGUCCUGUACCUGCUUUGGCACUGAAAGACGCAAAAACCGCCGUAGGAUGGUUCUUGAAAUGCUCAAAGACGUAGUCAAUUCACCCAACCCCUCUGAAUCUGCAUCCAUUUCUUCGGAGACUGUUCCUCCUGUCAAAAACCUCCAUGAGUCUCUUCGACGAGAGCUUCUUAAAAAGCGACUCGGUUUAACCUCGCCAUCAUCUUCUCCACAGCUGAUUCGAUCACCUCAACGAGGAAUGGAAAUGGUUGCGGUGGGAGAAAUCACGCCCUCUCCCACCUCGAAAAUGGUCUCCCCUGUCUCUGUUAACGUUGAUAGCCUUGUAGACGCGUCCAUUCUUCAUCGCCGCCCUUCGGCCUCUACUGCUACUCGACGACGUUUCAUUUCGGAUUCGGGGAAUGGGCGCCCAUCUUCCGUUUACGAAACUGUUAAUUUUCCGCUAGCGCGAGAUCUCAAAGAUUUCAUGUCUAUAGACGAUGUAAGACUGGAGAAAGCUCGAUUUGUAACUGAGUAUCUUGCUGGUGACGAGGGGAGACACUUGCUGCAUGAAAAUAAGGAAAUGGCUGAAUCUGUCAUGUCUCUGGCUGAAGUUCUCCUUCCUCGACGAUCGCCGAAAGACCGUUUCACCAUCUACAAUGAGGCUAUUCUUACCGUCUAUUCCUAUGCCUGGUUCCACUUCACCUUCUGUCUUGCUGCUCUCUUCAUGAUGGCUCAGUUGACCAAUUGGUAUAAUCCUGAACUAUCCAGCCUCCAAACAGUGAUGGAAUCUUGGGCAAAUAUGUGGAUGAAGUUAUUUUCGGCGUUUUUGGCCCUCCUUCUCUAUCUCUGGACUCUCUGCUUUAUGCGAUUUUGUUUUGCUCGAAGUCUCAUUCAAACUCCCCUUAAUCCAGCAACACAUUGGGUUUCUAAGGAACCCGAAAGCAAUCAUGGGAAAAGGAGAAAACCCAAGUCGCUGACUUCAUUGGUUUAA